GCUAUUAGCUGAAGCUUCAAAACCCUUCUGAGUCCUGUCAUCCAUCGCGCACUCUACAAGUCUACAAUGGCAUCUAAAGGCAAAUCCAGCGGCGGCAGCAGCGACCGCUCCAUUAUUUCUCGCGUCUCCGACUCCUCAAUAGUCCGCAAAGGCAAGAGCGCCGCCAGUGACGCCGCCUACGUGGGGAAGCGGUUGGCCAAGAGCACUGGCAAGGCGGCGUGGAUCGCCGCCACCACUCUCCUCAUCAUCGCCGUCCCACUGAUCAUUGUAAUGGACCGUGAACAGCAGCUCAACGAACUCGAUCUCCAGCAGGCCAGCCUCCUCGGUACUCCCUCCGUUGGUCCACCACCAAAGUAAUCGGGUCUUUCACCGUUAGGUUUGGGGCCUGUUGGAAUUUAGAGUAUCCUGCUUUUGAGAGAGUUUCGUUUUAAUGGAUGUUGAAUUUCUGAUAUAUCUGUUGAAGUUGAUAUGCUGCUACAUUGAUAAAUUAAGCUUUUUAGUUUUAA